AUGGAGAAAGAAUAUGAAGAAGCAAAGAAUUAUAGAAGAUAUGACAAGAAAAGAGAAUGUUAUGUCAACAGAAUAGGAGAACCAGUUGUCCAUCGAAAGGAAGUGGUGUUUGACGACGUUCUUGCAGUGAUCCCUCUAUCCGGCGAGUACUAUUCAAAUGUUGCGAAAGAUAAACAUUAUGAGAAAAAGCUGGAUAAAAUCAUCAGAGAUGUCAUGACAGCGAGUCUAAGACAGAGAGAUGAAGAGAGGAUGAAGAAGAAUGUUCAAAAUUUGGUGGAUGAUUUGAAAAAGGUUGCUGAAAAGGAGAAGGUGGAAGAUGAGAAAGAAGAAGAAGGUGAAAAAGAAGAACAGAAACCAGCAGAAGAAGCUGUUACUGAAAAACAACAGAAUGAAGAUGAUUUGAAGAAGAAAGAAGAAGCUAAGAAGAAGGUUGAAAGUUCGAUUGAAAAGGAUAGUGCUGGUGUUGGUAAGGAUCAGAAGAAGAGUGAAGCUGAUCAGACACAGAUGGAAGAGAAAGCCGAAGUGCCAAUCACUGAGAUUAUAUACGGUUCUCGUGUUCGGUCCACGCGCGUGUAUGGAUUCCGCACGUCACACGUGUCGAUACGCAAUCGUUCGGAGUCGAAAACCGAUCCUACACAUGUUGUAAGCACAGGGACACCACAAUACGAUGCUAUACCCUCAUUUGAGAGUAUGCUCAAAAGCCCUUCCCCCGGGGCAAUGUCUCUUUCUACACCACUCCAUUCAUCCCCUAUUCCACAUACCAUUAUAACAAUGUUUGAGGCUAUUGACAUUCAGACUCAAAACAACCCUUCUCACAAACACAUUACUGAGAGUAUAACUUCAACAAUUGCUGUGUCUGAACCUGUUCAAUUAGCUAGCCCACAAAUAGUUUAG